AUGAGGCUCGGGUGUGAAGGGGGCGUCGGCGGCCGGUGCCAGGGCAGAGCCCGCCAGAGCCGGCGGAGUCUAGCGAGCAGCGAUGCAGCUGGGCUGCCUGCAGCCGCCGCCGCCGCCGCCGCCUUCUCCUCCCGCCGCGCCUCUGAGCCAGGCAGCGCCGCGGCGGCGCCCCCAGCUCCAGACCCCUCCUGCUCUUGGGCGGCCGGCCCCCGCCUACCUUCGCGGGGAGCCAGGGGGCCGGGCCAGCGCUCCCCGUCCGCCGCCCUCCCGGGCAGCAGCAGACAGAGGAGGCAGCGGAGCCAGGCGCUGAGCAGCGCGUACAUGGCCGCCCCGGGCUAUCUGAAGAAAGUGCUGCAUCAGGUCAAAAUAGAUUAUCUUGGCAACCAUAAGAGGUUAACAACUGUGGACUUCAUCUGGUUCUUCAAACCUCUUCAGUGGCAGAGAGAAAUAAGCCAGCUCUUGCAACAUGAUCUGGAAAAAAACUAUUCAGGAAAACAAGGAGAUGGAAGAUUAUUGACCCCUUUGGUGCGUAAUAAGCAAGUGUAUGUCCCAGUAGCAGCCAAUUUGGCAGAACUUUCUGGUCUGGAAUUGAAACAAGGUGCAGGCUGUCUAUCAACAUUUGGAGAUUCUUCUAUUCAUACUCCUACAAAAUCCAGAACCCGACAGGGCUGUCAUAGCGCUGGUCCAAAUAUUUCAGAUAACAUAAAUUUUGGGAGCAGUUCAUCAAUCACAGCAUUUCCCAUUCUGCAUCGUGCUGCUGAUGAAAAAAUACUGAAUUCUGAUAGGCUGACCCUUGAAAGGCAAAAACUGACAGUUUGUCCAGUUAUCGAUGGGGAAGAACAUCUUCGCCUGUUGAACUUCCAGCAUAACUUUAUAACUCGGAUCCAGAAUAUCUCUAAUCUGCAGCAUCUUGUUUUCUUAGAUUUAUAUGAUAAUCAGAUAGAGGAAAUAAGUGGGCUUUCAACUUUGUGGUCUCUACGUGUCCUCCUGUUGGGGAAGAACAGAAUAAAGAAAAUCUCAAAUCUGGAGAACUUAAAAAAUCUUGAUGUUUUGGAUCUUCAUGGAAAUCAGAUUGCUAAAAUAGAAAAUAUCAAUCAUUUGGGUGAACUCAGAGUGUUAAACCUUGCCAGAAACCUUUUAAGCUAUGUAGAAAACCUUAAUGGACUGGAUUCACUGACAGAACUUAACCUUCGUCAUAAUCAAAUCACCUCCAUGAAAGAUGUGGAUACUUUGCCCUGCCUCCAGCAUCUGUUUCUCAGCUUUAACAAUAUAUCUAGUUUUGACAACGUUCUGUGCCUUGCUGAUUCCUCAUCCCUAUCUGAUAUCACCCUUGAUGGCAAUCCGAUAGCUCAGGAGACAUGGUACAAAAACACUAUUCUCCAUCAUAUGAUGCAGCUCCGACAGUUAGAUAUGAAGAGAAUCACGGUAAGGAAUUUUCUGAAAAAGUAUUCGUCAGAUGCUGAAGAAGAAAGGCGCAUGGCAUCUGUUGCAGCAAGAAAAGAGGAAGAGAAGAAGCGUGAAAGCCACAAACAGACCUUGUUAAAGGAAAAGAAACGAUUGACAAUUGGCAACAUUGCUCGCCAAUGGGAGAUUCAGCAGAAUCGAGUUGCCCUUGUGACUUCUUCAGAUCAAGAUAAAAAAGACAGUGACUCCUGUCAGAUUAAUGGCAGUGCCGCAUAUGUAUUUCCUGAAGAAACCAGGUCUCUUGACACAAUACUGAGCAAUGCUGUACAAGGCUUAUCUGGCCUCGAUUCUUACUUAGUCGAAGUGGAGGGAGAUACUCUUUACUUGUAUGGUUCUGGAGCUCUGGAAUCCCUGGAUCGAAAUUGGAGCGUUCAGACAGCUGGAACCAUCACCACAGUCUCCUUUAUGUUCAUAGAAUUUGAUGAAAUUGUUCAAGUGUUACCAAAACUGAAGAUCAGAUUUCCUAAUUCUGUGCACCUGAAGUUUAAGGAGACAAAUAUUGUCAUGUUGCAGCAGUUUAAUGCGUUAGCACAGGUGCGUCGCAUGGAACAGUUGACGGUUGAUCCUCAGGGAAAUCCAGUUGUCAACUUUACUCUGUGGAAAUACUAUGUUCUGUUUAGACUGAACCAUUUUAAUCUGCAGAAGAUAAAUGGAACUGAGGUUACUGAGAAUGAUACAGUAAUGGCUGAAAGACUCUUUGGCAUUCUUGCAUAUGUAGCAUCUUCUGAAUUGCCUCAGUAUCGCCUACUUUCACUACUUGGAGAAUCCAGGAAGAAGCAAUUCUGUUAUAUGCUAGAGGCAAAGGGGAAGAAAUCUGGGAUUGUCAGUGAAGAAAGUAAUGACAGCAGAAGAGUUGGAGGAGAAAAUGCAAGUCAAGCUAUACUGAAUUACACCACAAGGGAGUUUCAUACAGAAAAGCUUGAGGAAAUCAAGGAGAGAAAGCAAUUUUGCCAGACAUACAUACAAGACUUAGUGAAAGAAGCUGCUGACAUCAAUAUGAAAAACGAGUCUUUGCAGAAGCUGUGGCCUCAGAUGUUCAUUGAGCUUGUCAGGGAUGCGGUGAUAGAAAUACGCAAUAAAAAUUCCUACAUGAAACUCUGCCUACAGCGGAUCACUGAUCAAAAAUAGCAAAGUUGAUUCCUGCUGACUUACAAUACUGACCAAUAGCUUGCAUGUUAUGUUUCCCAAAGACAUAAAACAAAAGAAUAUAAAAUUACCAUCACUGUAGGACACAUUUUUUAAAGAAUGCCUUUAAAUUCAAUGAGCUCUGUUUUUACAGCUAAUGUUUCUCUCUCCAGUUUUCAAAACAAAAGUUUUCUUUUAUACAAGUUUUCUUGUAUAAAAUUCUAACAGUGCAUCCUUUGCUAAAGUGAUGACAUAGAAAUAACUUGACAGCUGUGCCAUGGUUUACUAAGUCUUUUGCUUUUUGUUGUUACUGAUGCUACUGCUAUAGUGCUAAAGCAUUGGUUUAAAGGAAGAAGUUCACACACUGAUGCUUGCCUUAUGUUUUUUAUUGAACACUUUUGAUUUGUUUCCUUUUUGACUAUUUGCUGCUGUGAUUAAAAAAUUCACAGUUCAGAAUAUUGUUUUUUAUGAGCAGAAGCUAAUAAAUUAUUAUGUUUACACUCCUUGAGCCUAAUCAUUUAAGACUUCAUAUUAUUUAAUACAAUGGAUUGUAAAACUGCAUGUUGCCAAUUCAGUACUGUUAUAAAAAGAGUACAUUUUACCAAAAUAAAACUAAUUGAAGGUCCUCAACUAAA